AUGAGCAUUCUCAAACAGCGCCAGGCAGUUAAAGCAGCUGAACUGUCCGUUGAUGAAACCCCGGGGCUGAAGUCUUGCGUUUAUAGUAUGCAGGUAAACGGAAACCCUUAUCCCAUGCCUAACUGUGAUAACCUGUAUUAUAGAUCCGUUAUUCUUCUGGAUAAGGACGGUGAACGGGUUAUAUCCGCGCAUGCCUAUCUUAACAGGUAUGUCAAGUUCUCUAAGAAGGCGACAUUCAAGCCUGUAAAACUUCCCCCGAUGCCUGGGACACCGGUCAUCCUGCUGAAGGAUAUUGUGACUGGAAGGUCUGAUUCAAAGCCUGGAUUUAAUCAGUCAACCUCGAAGAAGGGCAAGUAA